AUGACGUCAUCAGAGUUUGCUGGUGGGCCUGCGCAAGGCCUAAAUGGCUUAGGAGUUUUCUACUACGAUUCACAAACACAACAAUCAACACCGUCUGCCUAUUUUCCGACACAACCUACAGCCGUUGCCCCAACGGCCAGUUUUACGUCCCAGUCAACACAGGAUCCGGUAUGUUUACGUUUCUUAUUUGCUAUUAAUUUCAUUCAAUUGUUGCCUAGGAAUAGCUCUGUCCCUCUUUUGAGAAUUGCACUUUUUCCUGGACAUGGGAGAUAA